CCUGUGUGUGUGUGUGUGUGUGUGUGUGAGUGUGAGUGAGUGUGUGUAUCUGUGUGUGUGUGCAGAAAAACAGAAGAAAUGAAGUUGUGGAUUUUCUGUGUGUUGUGUGUGGCUCCGACUUUAAUGGACAGCAAAUGUUUGUCAGAUGUGAGGAGCGACGGUUAUCUCGUCAGGCUCAGCAUUAGAACAGAACUGGGAGAUAAUGCUUAUAAAUGGAACGACAGCGAGAUGUUCUUCUUCAGAGCCUCUAUGGCCUUCGCCAUGAGGAGCUUCACUGGAGAUCAGACCUACGAUGUCUCAAACAUUGUGGUGUGUAACGUAACAGAGAGAAUCUCGUUUUGGAUCGUGGUGACGUCACCCAGCAACAACUCUCAGCUCAUUCCUAAAUAUACGGUGGAGCAAGCCAUCAGGAAGUCGAGGAAUCGGAUCAAUAACGCCUUCCUGCUGACGGAUCAGACACUGGAGUUUUUGGGAAUAAACCCGACUCUGGCGGCGCCGCUGCAGUAUGACACGCCGCCGUGGCUCAUCGUGUUCGGCGUGGUGAUUGGAGUUGUGUGUGCUGGCAUCAUCGCCAUGCUCUUUACCUCCUUCAUCCACAGGAUGCGGGCGAAGAACAAACACUCUGAGGAUGAGGAGGAAGUGGAAGGAAGAGUGACAGGAAAUGGAAUCAUGUGUGAGACUCUGAAUGGGAAAGACGGGUUUAAUAAGCGAGGAUUCUGCGAUGAUGAUCGAUUCACUAAACUGUAAACACUCGCAGACUUCAGCACCUUCAUCAGGAACAGCGUCUAACACUCACAAUUAUUGGCGCCCUUAAAUAACAUUGGUAAAAUGGCAAAUAUGGUACAAUCUGUGUGUUGUGAUGUAUUUUCCUUCAAAAACUUUUCAUGUCUCUUUAUAAGUAAAUAUUUACAAUUCUGAAUAAACCUCUUUUACACAUCCAGAUCCAGUCUUUACCAUUUGUUACAGGAUCUGACAUCAAAUACAAUCCGAUCCAUCAGUGUUAUUAUAGGUGUCUAAACACCAGGAUGAGUAAAUGAAGGUGAUUUGGAGAUCAUGUUGAGGAAGUUGAUUUGGAGAUCAGGGUGAUGAAGUUGAUUUGGAGAUCAGGGUGAUAAAGUUGAUUUGGAGAUCAUGGUGAUGAAGUUGAUUUGGAGAUCAGGGUGAGGAAGUUGAUUUGGAGACCAUGUUGGAGAAAUGAAGUUGAUUUGGAGAUCAUGUUGAGGAAGUUGAUUUGGAGAUCAGGGUGAGGAAGUUGAUUUGGAGAUCAGUGUGAGGAAGUUGAUUUGGAGAUCAGGGUGAUGAAGUUAAUUUGGAGAUCAUGUUGAGGAAGUUGAUUUGGAGAUCAUGUUGAGGAAGAUGAUUUGGAGAUCAUGUUGAGGAAGUUGAUUUGGAGAUCAGAGUGAGGAAGUUGAUUUGGAGAUCAGGGUGAGGAAGUUGAUUUGGAGAUCAGGGUGAUGAAGUUGAUUUGGAGAUCAUGUUGAGGAAGUUGAUUUGGAGAUCAUGUUGAGGAAGUUGAUUUGGAGAUCAUGUUGAGGAAGUUGAUUUGGAGAUCAGAGUGAGGAAGUUGAUUUGGAGAUCAGGGUGAGGAAGUUGAUUUGGAGAUCAGGCUAAGGAUCUAAAUCCAUCUUUCUGGCCCAUAAGGUUAAUGUGUAAAUGUUUCAUGUUUCUCACAAAAUGAUGAAAUAAAAGCACUUUUCUGUGAACAGA